AGGUAUUGAUGCUGGGCUACUGGAUGGUGUCUCUGAGGUGCAGUCUCUGACACCCGCGGACUACAAAGGCAUUGCCUCUAAAGUGUGCAAGCUGGACGAUGCACAAGUGGGCAAACUACUCCCAUCCAUCACAGAGACUAAAGACGUGCCGUUCCAAUGCGUGGACCACACGUACAUCUACAGUCUACUAAACAACCUUGGCUUUAACGACAAUGCCCCACUGUCCCUGACCAAGAAGAUCAAUGGCGUUGAAACGGGAUGGUGUUUGGGUGCCAUGAUCGAGGCUAUUAUGAACGCUUGAGCUCGGUUAUAUAUGCCUAAACCCUAAAACCCAACUAGUAGUGUGCACAUUCCGGCUUGUGUCGGUGUGUUUUAGCCCGCAAACCUUAGCUUACAAACCACUCUCACGGAUAUGGGACCCAAUUGACGGGCAAGAGGUCCUCAAGUAGAGAUAGUAAUGGCCGCCUUGCACAUAGGGGGCCGUAUAUCUGGGCUGGCGUUAAGAAUCUCAUGCGCUCGUGAUGUACUUAAGAAGUUUAGAACAGGCAGCAAGUAGUGUUGUUUUUUUUGCAAAUAAAGCUUGAUAUGAUAGGAA